CCCAGAACUAUGCACUAUGCAAAGUUCCAGCAGCUCGAAUUACGUCUAGAGCAUGGAGGAAGAGGCGCACGAGGUGAACAGCGCACCUUUGGAGGAGCUACUGCGACACUUCCAGCAACAGCAGCAGCUGGGCGCCGUGGAGCGCGCGGACGCGGGCCUGGAGAAGGCGGAGCUGGAUGCGCAAAUCGGAGAGUUAGAGUCAAGGCUUGAUGCUCAGCAGAAGCUGAACACACACCUCUUCCGCAGAGUGGAAAUGCUGGAGGAGGUGCUCCAGCAAGAGAAGCACAAACACGUCCAGGGUGUGGAAAGUAUGCACACGCCUCGCAAGUGUAAAACGCUUGGCGUCUCCAUGGAGGACCUUCGCCAAAGGCUCUUGGAGCACAAGGUCUUCGCAUCAACGAGGAUCGCAUUGAAGUCCGCAGAGGGUUCACCACUUGGAGGCUCGCGGAACGCGUGAUCUUGUCAUUCCAACACGGAUAAUGUUUCGCCCGUUUGCCAGGCCACAGAAGUAAGCCACUCGCUGUAUUUUGCCGCGGCAAUGGGGGAAGCUCACAGCCUGAAUCCGCACCCGCAGAAAGUCCUCACAGGGUUCAACAAUCUAGACGAGCGCUAGAAACGAAGAUAUUUUGAAUGUCAUGAGCCGAAGAU